AAUAAUUUUAUAUAUAUGGUAUGAAUUUACACAUUGUCUGCAGUUAAAAGUGAGCAACUAAAGUGCGAAUCUUUACAAGAAACAGAACAGAACCUUAUAACCCUUCCAUAGGUUGCCUUGCAGGAUUCUUCCUAAGUUUUUUUGUUUUAGUUUGCUACACAUGCACAUGAGACAUGACACACACAAGAUAUAUAUAUAGAAAGAGAGGGAGGGAAGAGACAAAUAUUCAAGCUUUCUUUUGGUUCUGUUUCUUCUAUUGAAAGUGUAGCUAAUUGGUUUUAGUUCUGAAGAUAUAACUUCUCUUUUGGUCUUCAUCUUAAAACCAUGGAAUCAAAUAGAGCCUUGGCAACCAUUUGUCUUCUCCUCUGUGUAAUUAUCUCAGCCAAUUUCUUCACUCAUUGCGUAGAUGCAAGAAGACAAGUAGGGUUUAAGAGAGAGCCAAAGCAGGAGAUGAUCAAAGCAGUAAAACACACAUCAUUGUUGGAGAAAGUGAUGACACAACUCAAUCUUGCUCAGCCUUUAGACUACUCCAACACUCAACCUUAUGGCGUUAGCACAACUCUCACUCUACCUCCCUAUGUUUCACUUCCUCCACUUUCAGUUCCCGGCAAUGCCCCUCCUUUUUGCGUUAGUCCCCCGGACACACCUCCUACGUCCUCUUCUCCUGGUCUUAGUCCCCCUCCUGGCCCGAUCAUAUUACCUAACCCACCCGAUUCCUCCUCUAACCCGAACUCCAACCCCAACCCACCCGAUUCAUCCUCUAAUCCAAACCCAAACCCAAACCCACCCGAAUCAUCAUCUAACCCGAACCCACCAGAAUCAUCCUCUAACCCGAACCCACCUGUUACCGUCCCAAACCCACCCGACUGGUCAUCUAACACGAACCCACCCGUUACCGUCCCAAACCCGCCAGAAACAGUUCCCAACCCUCCCGAAACUGGUUUUACACCAGGACCACCAGGUCCUAUUUCAGGUCCACCUUACUCUGAGCNAGAUCCAGCAUGCAUCUCUAAUAGACACGAAUAUGUGGAUGGUCUUUCCCCAUUGAAUCAACAAGUGAAGAANAUUCCAAUUCCAAGUCCAUCGUCGGGAUUUCUUCCUCCGAUCGUCUAUCCGCCGCCUAUGGCGCCACCGUCACCGAGCGCGAAUCCAACCUCGGCUUACUGGUGCGUGGCUAAGCCAUCGGUCCCUGACCCAAUUAUUCUAGAAGCCAUGAACUUUGCAUGUGGGUCUGGAGCUGAUUGUCAUUCAAUUCAGCCCAAUGGGCCUUGUUUCAAGCCUAAUACGUUAUGGGCCCAUGCUUCGUUCGCCUUCAACAGCUAUUGGCAACGGACCAAAGGUACCGGUGGCUCGUGCACGUUCGGCGGCACAGGCAUGCUUGUCACCGUAGAUCCAAGCUUUAACGGGUGCCAUUUUGAUUUCUUCUGAUGCAUGAUGAAGUCAUGAAGACGAAGACAUCUCUCUCACUUUUAAGUUUUCACCUUUUGUUGGAUUACGAAUAAUAUCAAAUAAAAUAUUUUGAUAUAACACGUUAGCUAGGUGGGUCUCUCACUUGUAAGUUGUAAGUUGUAACCCAUUAAAGCUUAAUUUACUUUGGAAUGGCAUAUAAACUAUACACUAAACUUAUGCUAAA